AUGUCACAGCUGAGCAUUGUGAUUGGCAAAGAUAGAAUUCAAGGAAAAUUAAUUGGAUUGAAUAGAUGGGAAUUCUGGUUUGGCUCAAAGAAAUUUAUGAUCGAUUCUUCGAAUACAACAGACGAUGCAGUUGAAGUGCUUUUAAUGAAGUCGACGAUCCUAAAAGGAAAAGAACUUCAUCCUAAUAUAUGGACAGUUGAAUAUUCAUUUUACGGAUCUUCAGCAUGGGGUUCUGUUUCUAUCUGGUACAAUUUCGAGUUCAACAUAGAAUCCAUGAAAGCAAUUAUAAAAAGCGAAACAAAUACUGAUGCAUAA